AUGAUCGGCAGGACACCUCUAUCCUAUGACGAUUACACAGUCGGAUGGAUCUGCGCCUUGCCCUUAGAGAUGGCAGCUGCGAAGCUGAUGUUGGACGCAAUACAUCCUAGUCUACCUCGUCCGGGGACAGAUCACAAUACAUACAUUUUUGGAAGUAUCGGGAAACACAAUAUUGUUAUUGCCUGUUUACCGAGUGGUGCAUAUAGCAAUAUUUCAGCUGCAACGGUUGCAAUGCAGCUGCUGUCCAGCUUCCACUCCAUCCAGUUUGGUCUAAUGGUCGGUAUCGGCGGAGGAGUACCAAGCAGCAACGUAGAUAUUCGAUUAGGUGAUAUUGUGGUGAGCCAGCCAGCGGACAUAUCUGGAGGCGUGAUCCAAUACGAUCUUGGUAAAGCGUUAAGCGGCAGUCAGUUUCAGCGAACAGGAAUGCUGAAUCGGCCACCUAAGGUUCUGUUAACCGCGCUUGCAACACUCCAAGCACAUCACUUCACAGAAGAUAGUCGGGUUCCUGAAUUCCUUGUUGAAAUCCAAGCAAAAACGACGCCUCGCAAAGCUGCAAACUUUGCACGACCAACCCAAGAGGACUGUUUAUACCAAGCAGAUUAUGACCAUACAGCGUCUAAUAUGUGUGUCAAUUGUGAUCGGGCUAAACUGUAUCCACGGCCUUCACGAGAUCAUGAAGACUCAGUCAUUCACUAUGGUCUGAUUGCAUCUGCAAAUCAGGUAGUGAAGGAUGGCAGGCGGCGGGAUCAGCUUGCGAAGGACUUAGAGGUGUACUGUGUGGAGAUGGAAGCGGCGGGGCUUAUGAAUGACUUUCCAUGUCUGGUCAUUCGGGGCAUCUGUGACUAUGCUGACUCACACAAGAAUAAGGAAUGGCAAGGAUAUGCAGCAGCAGUUGCGGCGGCCUAUGCUAAAGAACUUCUUUUGGUGGUUCCAAUCGACCAGAUUGACAAUACCCCAAGAGCACGAGACACUGUGGCAGACUCUGUCGGGACCCUUGAGCCCAGCCUUACAGAACUCGAAAACCAGUAUCACUCUGGUCGCGCGCUCUAUGCGCAGGAUCGGUACAAAGAGGCAGAGACCAUGUUCCGACAAGGGCUUCAAGGGCGAGAGAAGGUGCUAGGACAUGAUCAUACAGACACAUUCUAUGCUGCACACUGGCUUGGCCGCUCGCUCUAUAAGCAGGAUCGGUACAAAGAGGCAGAGACUAUGCUCCGACGAGCUCUUCAAGGGCGAGAGAAGGUGCUAAGUUAUGAUCAUAAAGAUACACUCAAUUCUGCAUACAACCUUGGUCGCUCGCUCUAUGGGCAGGAUCGGUACCAAGAGGCCGAGACCAUGUUCCGACGAGCUCUUCAAGGGUGGGAGGAGGUGCUAGGUUAUGAUCAUACAGACACACUCUAUGCUGCACACUGGCUUGGCCGCUUGCUCUAUACGCAGGGUCGGUACAAAGAGGCAGAGUCCAUGUUCCGACGAGCUUUUCAAGGGCGAGAGAAGGUACUAGGUCAUGGUCAUAAAGAUACGCUCAAUUCUGCAUACAACCUUGGUCGCUCGCUCUAUGCGCAGGAUCGGUACAAAGAGGCAGAGACUAUGCUCCAACGAGCUUUUCAAGGGUGGGAGAAGGUGCUAGGCUGUGAUCACAUAGACACACUCUAUGCUGCACACUGGCUUGGCCGCUUGUUCUAUACGCAGGGUCGGUACAAAGAGGCAGAGACCAUGUUCCGACGAGCUUUUCAAGGGCGAGAGAAGGUACUAGGUCAUGGUCAUAAAGACACACUCUUCUCCCGAAAGUUUAUGGGCCUUGCCCAUAGGCGCUUCAUAAUGUUCGGAAACAGGUAA